AUGUCUGUGUCUAGGAGCUUCGAAGUAGUCACGACUGUCAGAUCCCAGGAAAAAGGACAGAGGAUCCUUGACGCCCACCCAAAUGUCCCGAAAGAGAAGCUCUCCUACGUCAUUGUCGAGGACGUUGCCAAGGACGGCGCGUUCGACGAGGCGGUCAAAUCCAACCCUGGCUUGGAAUAUGUGCUUCACACUGCUUCGCCAUUCCACAACAAUGUCCAAGACCCCGUGAAGGAUUUCCUGGACCCUGCGAUCAAGGGUACAACCGGGAUCCUCAAGGCGGUCAAGGCAUAUGCCCCGACCGUGAAGCGUGUUGUUGUGACCUCGUCGUUUGCUGCGAUCAUUAACCCGUUUAAUCACGCUAAAGUGUACGAUGAGACAAUCUGGAAUCCCCUUACUUGGGAACAGGCGAAGGAGGAUCAUUCGCAGACGUAUCGCGGUAGCAAGCUCUUCGCGGAGAAGGCAGCCUGGGAAUUCGUGGAGAAGGAGAAGCCCGGGUUUGACUUGGUUACCAUCAAUCCUCCCCUUGUCUUUGGACCGAUUGUGCACUACCUCAACAAUCUUGACGCCCUCAACACAUCCAAUCAACGGAUAAGGGACUUUAUUCAGGGCAAGGCAAAGGAGAAGUUGACGCCGACGGGCGUCUACCUGUGGGUGGACGUCCGUGAUGUGGCCUUGGCCCAUGUGAGAGCGAUCGAAGUGCCCGAAGCCGGUGGGAAUAGGUUCUUUGUUGUUGCUGGACACUACACCAACAAGAGGAUAGUGGAUGCAAUCCGAGAGACGCAUCCUGAGCUGGCACCUAAGCUGCCUCCUGAAGAUAGCCCAGACGACCUACCGGCAGAUGUCUACGACUAUAACAACAAGAAGUCCCGCGAGAUUCUGGGCCUGCAGUACAAGUCUCUGAAGGAGUCCGUGGGCGAUACCGUCAAGUCACUCUUGGCGAUCGAUAUUCCGUUUUUAAUUUGGCGACAUUUUGAUUACGGAGUACUCCGUAUCCAAGCGUCUCGGCUUUCGCCGACAGCGAACCUGCUGCGGAAGUCUCGUUUGUUUGCGCUUCCGCCAGCAUUGUCACCUCCCCAGGAACCCGCGACGUCGAGGGCCGUCUUUGAAUCCGACACUGCAACGCUCCCUCACCCGAUACGAGCUGCCAUUGAGACUCCAGCCUCAUCCCUUGCACGCGGGGAUUGGGGUUUGAAGCGACCUCUGCCGGCAAAGUCGACUACUGACAAGUCCUCGAAACCGGUUGUGCGAGUUAACGCGAUUGAUACCUUCGAACAUGUCACCGACUUCGAGUCCGCCGCGGACCACACGGUGACUCUGCAAAAGUUCCAGGAGCUGCACUUGCCUAUGUCUCUCCCCGCCAAGGUCAACUACGCGACGACCAUCAUCCCGAGACACCAGAGUCCUUUCGAUACCCUGGUUGAUAACACGGAAAAGAGUGAAGGAUUAAAGGAACCAGGAGCCAAGCAGUUUAGGCACUCGGGACCGUGGCUUGCGGGCCAGUCUGAGCUCGAAUUCCAAGCGUAUCUGAAAAGAGUUCGUCAGAGGAAGCCGGAGCUUCUGCAGAAGUUGCGAGAACGAUACAUCUCCAAGCGGACUGCCGAGCGCAGAAAGCAGGCCCAGGAUAACGGCGAGGAUCUCGAAGGACUUGAUCAGCCUGUGAAGGUCACGGAAGAGGAGUUCCGGAACUACGUGAAGAGUCUUCGAGCAGACCCGAGCGCUAUGGGCCUAGUUGUCUUUGAUCUCCUGGACCUGCCUUCUCCGCCGGCAGUGCCGAGCGACCGGAUUGCCUCCAAAUACUUCCAGCCCCCAGGAACCAAGCUGUCGGCGGCAGAAUAUGCCAUCUCCGGCCCUCCGAAGACUCACCCGUCUGCCGGUCUGACGUACACCCGCUCGCAUGCUAUGCUCUACAACCAUCCGAAAUUUGGCCCUCAGGCUUACCAGCGCCCAGUUGAGGCACGGAUUCUGCUCCCUAAGAAGAGACACAAGGGCCGGAUGUCCCGGGCCAUUGUGGGUGUGGGUGGUAUUGCGUCGGAAGACCUCAACGCCAUGACCUUCGCGGACCAGACCGGUCCUCCAGGGUUGGCGUUUUUCGAUGCCUCGAUCCCGGGUGGCGCGAAAUACUGGGUCACCCCGAUCCGGGCAUCCGUGGACUCGGAGGGCAGGAUCUCGCUGGCCUCGUAUCGGGCGAGUGCCACCGCUAAGGCACCGAAGCAAAUUCAAGAAGUGUAUAUGGGAUUGGCAGUCCAGCUAAGUUGUUACUUCAUUAUUUACAUGAUGUGUCCUAGAGACAGCUCAUUCCAAAGAACCUACUCCGUAGGUUAUAGUGCAUCUAUCAGUCCAUCGAGACCGAAUUACACAGGCUGUGAUAUCAAGAUAAAUCACGUGACUAAGUUAUUGGGUGUCCACGUGACUAGGGCAACCGAGGACGUCCACCACACAAAGACUAAGCGAGCGCGGCCAUCCGUUAAAAGAAGAGAUCGGGAACACCACCAGCGCCGGAUCCUCUAUCGACAGCAUCCAGCAAGAACCGCCAAAAUGGGUCGCGUCAGGACUAAGACCGUCAAGAAGUCGGCGAAGGUCAUCAUCGAGCGUUACUACCCCAAGCUGACGCUCGACUUCGAGACCAACAAGCGUCUCUGCGAUGAGAUUGCUAUCAUUCCGUCGAAGCGCCUGCGCAACAAGAUUGCCGGCUACACGACGCACUUGAUGAAGCGUAUCCAACGGGGUCCUGUGCGCGGUAUCUCCUUCAAGCUGCAGGAAGAGGAGCGUGAGCGCAAGGACCAGUACGUCCCUGAGAUCUCGGCCCUGGAUGUCUCCCAGACCGAGUCCGGCCAGCUGGAUGUCGACGCCGACACCAAGGAUCUGCUGAAGAGCCUGGGCUUCGACUCUCUCAAGGUCAAUGUUGUCCCCGUUACCCAGCAGCAGGUGCCUGAGCGCUCUCGUCGUUUCCGUUAA